AAGAGUGUUUCUGAAUAAAAUUUGUAUUCUCUUCUUAGAUGUUGACCAUUCUUGGUCUUAUUCUCCUUCCACCUCCCUAUCUCUGUAACCCCUACACUGCCUGUCCUCCUGUUCAAACCCCUCCCUAUCUCUGUAACCCCUACACUCCCUGUUCAAACCCCUCCCUAUCUCUGUAACCCCUACACUGCCUGUCCUCCUGUUCAAACCCCUCCCUAUCUCUGUAACCCUACACUCCCCGUCCUCCUGUUCAAACCCCUCCCUAUCUCUGUAACCACUACACUCUCCAUCCUCCUGUUCAAACCCCUCCCUAUCUCUGUCACCCUACACUCCCCGUCCUCCUGUUCAAACCCCUCCCUAUCUCUGUAACCACUACACUCCCCGUCCUCCUGUUCAAACCCCUCCCUAUCUCUGUAACCCCUACACUCCCCGUCCUCCUGUUCAAACCCCUCCCUAUCUCUGUAACCCUACACUCCCCGUCCUCCUGUUCAAACCCCUCCCUAUUUCUGUAACUCCUACACUCCCCAUCCUCCUGAUACUGGCACCUUAAAACCAGUCGCUUCGGGCAGUUGGGGCUCAUCAGCUGCGAUCGGCAGCUCAUACAGCAGAAGGAAAACUGAUCUUUCAAUGCCUUGUGGCUAUACCCACUCAUGGGGGAAGCUUUGGGAGUAAUCCCUGAGGGAAAAUGCAGAGCUGGAAUUGCUAAGGCAGUCGUACAUUGAGUUCAGAUCUGACCAGCAACUGCGAUGCCUGUGCUGUCAGGUAGACAGCCGGAACGCAACGUCCGUGGUCGACCCCGACCAACAGAGGUCUCACCACCUCAGCAUUUUUGAGCAAAGUGCAAAGUCUGCUUUUUGCUCUGCAAGCUUCUGUGCAAUUUUAAAAAGAGCUGUGAAUCAGGAUCAGAUUUAAUAUGACUGGCAUUUGUCGUGAAAAUUAUACACAACAAAUACAAUACAAAAUAGCUAAACGCAAUAUGACGUGUGUGUGUAUAUAUAUAUAUAUAUAGAGAGAGAUUUAAAGAUAAACUAAUAAAUAGUGCAAAAAAGAGAGAAAUAUAAAGUACAGUAAUGAGGUAGUGAUCGUGGAUUCAAUGUCCAUUCAGAAAUCUGAUGGCAAGAAUCUGUUCCUGAAUUGUUCAACCAUCAGGCUCUUGAACCAAAGGGGACAACUACACUCACAUGCCCAUCCUUUGAGAUGUUCCUUCACCAGUGAUCUCACCUGAACAACUCUCUAUCUUCAGGCUCCUGUACCUCCACCUUGAUGGUAACAAUGAGAAGAGGACAUGUCCCCGGGCUCUCUCUCAUCCUCAUUUACCCCCAUGCUCCCUGUCCUCUGCCUCUCUAAUUUACAACCCCUCCUGUAUUCCACACUUGGAAAUGGAACUAAUGAUUUCAAUUAUCGCGCUUCAGCCGGACGAAAGCCGGCGCUGGACCAACAGCAUGGUGCAGGUCCGGCGCCCUCACCUUCCCGAGAUGGCUUCUGCCGCGGCGCCACACCCGGAAGUUUACGGCUGGCCGGGCACGGCGGUGGGUCAGGGGUUGCUUAAGGACCGGAAGUCGUCCUGGGAACGGGCUGCAAAUCGAAGGCGGCUGCAGCGAAGGGAUCAAUCUGUCAGCACGAGAGGGCCAAGACGCUGGGACCUUCAUUGAAAGAUGAACUGCUGGGUAGGACCAUCAUCAUCUUCAGGGGCAGAGAGAUGAUCAUUGUCUUUGUUCGAGAACCCUUCCUGAGUUUGAUUGCCUAGAGGGGAAGGUCUUGGCCACACAGAGACGCCCUCCCAUCCCUCUUCCCUCCCCACUGAGGCCCUGGUCGCCAUGGAGACGAAGAUGAGGCGGAGGAGGUGGAGGAGGGGUAGAUGGAAGCCAGUGCCAGAGGAGGCGGAGGAGGAGGAAGCAGAAGAGGCUGCAAAGACGGACCCCUCUCCCUGGGCCUCUCACCUGCCGUCCCGUGCUACCCACCGCUGCCGGGAGUGCAGACGCCGCUGCCGCCGUCUGUGGACCCUGCGCUGGCAUCUUUUGUCCCACCCGUCCCGGCCCCCCUUCAUCUGCUCCUGCUGCGGCCGCGCCUUCUCCUUCUUCCGCCUCCUGACAGGCCACUGCUGCCCGUCUUUGAGCCUUGGGGCUUCCACAGGCCCAUUAGAGCCAAUCCCAACCUCCACUAGCUCACCUCCAGACUUAGGACAUCCCACAGGCCCAACAAGGUCAUUCCCAGCUUUGAUGGGUGAUGCUCUAAGCACAGGAGGCCCCACUGGUCUAACAAGGCCAACCCCAGGCACAAUAGGCCAACCUGCCAGCCUGGGACUCCCUGCUAACCCAACAGGGCCAAUCCCAGUCUCGACAGACCUACCUUCAAGCCUGGGAGAACCGUUACGUUCAUCAGCUACAGGACUGGGAAGCCAAGCAGUGCCAGAAACAGGCUUCUCAGGUCUAUUAGGCCCAGCAGAACCAGUGGCAGGCUCAAUAGCCACAGCUCCAUGUCAGGGAGGACGAGCAGACCCAGUCCCAAGCUGGAGAGUUCAAGUAGAACAGAUCCAAAACUCUCAAAGCCCAGUGGGCCCAAUCCCAGGGUUGGGAGGCCCAGCAGAUGCAGCCCCAGGCUUUGGAAGCCCAGCAGGCCCAGAACCAGACCCGUGGGAUCCGGAGUCGGAGCCCGACCCCUCAGCUGGGGCCCAGGCACUGGAACGAGCUGUGCCCCACCGGUGUGAGGCCUGUGGCCGGGCCUUUGCCCGGCCUGAGCUGCUGGCGUCCCAUGAGUGUGACCCAGCACGGCCAUACAGCUGCCCUCUCUGCCCCAAGCGCUUUGCCACCCCCUGGUACCUGCAGAAGCACCGUCGGCGCCAUUCACGCCCGCCGUCCUUCGCCUGUGCUGAGUGUGGUCGGGCCUUCAAGGAGCGUUAUGAGCUGGCCCGUCACCGGCUGGUGCACGAUCCGGGCAGGCCCCACUGCUGCCCAGCCUGUCCCCGGCGUUUUGCCCGGCCCCAGGGCUUGGCCCUCCACCUGCGGGGCCAGCAUGGGCCGCCCCGCCGACGCCCCUUUCGCUGCCCGCUUUGCGGCAAGGGCUACGCCCGCUCAGCCCACCUCCUUCGUCACCAGUAUGGCCACACCGGCGAGCGGCCAUACCCUUGCACUGGCUGUGGCAAGGCCUUCCGCGACCCUGGCACCCUGCGCCGGCACCGCCGUCUUCAUUGUGUCCCAGCGACGGCCUCUCGCGGGGCUGCUUCUGGUCCCCUGGCAACCACUGGGCCCGAUUCCAGGUCUUUAGUAACUACCGGAUCUGAGCCUCGUCCCCUAACAACUGAUGCUGGGCCUGGUCAUGGUCUCUUAAAAACCACCCCCGGACCCCUUUCCAGUUCCCUAGGAACCACCACUGGGCCUGCUUCUGGUUCCUUAGCAUCCAAGACGGGGUCUGAUUCCAGUCCCCUAGCAACUGCUACUGUAACAGGUUGCAGUGUCGUAGCAACAGUGGGCCCCUGCCCCUCAGCAGCAUCGGAAGUGACUUCCACCGGCCACCUUGCAGUGGCUCGCUCCGAAGCCAGUGACGAGCAGGCAGGCGCCCCGGCCCUUCCCCGUCGGCCCAAGUGUGUGGUGUGCGGCAAAGCUUUCGCUGACAGCGCCGCACUGGCCCGCCACCACGGCCAGGGCCACCCGCCGUCCCGCGGGCCUUACGCCUGCCCACUGUGCCGGCUGGCCUUCCCACGCUCGGCCGAGCUGCAGGCCCACCAGGAGCGCUGGCACCCGUCCCCAUCCUCGCCUUGCUCCCCUUCUCGGGGCUUCACCUGCACUGAGUGUGGGCGCGUCUACGGCCGGGCCUCACACCUCCUGCGGCACCAGCGCUCGCACACGGGCGAACGUCCCCACGCCUGCCUGGCCUGCGGCAAGGCCUUCGUCAAUGCUUAUGAGCUGCUGCGCCAUGGCCUGACGCACAGCGCUGAGGCACCCUACGCCUGCCCACAGUGCGACAAACGUUUCAAGCGGCCCCAUUACCUGGCGCAGCACCGGCGAACACAUGCUGCCGGCCUGCCCUAUCCGUGCCCGGAAUGUGGCCGUCGUUUCAAAACCACCGCCUACCUCCUCAAGCACCAGGCCCGUCGCCACCCGCCCUCUGAAUUGCAGGCAUCUGGCGGCAGUACUGACCCCACUCUCCGCCACGCCUGUUCAGCCUGCGGCAAGGCCUUCCGCUACCCAUAUGAACUGGCCCGCCAUGGGCGCCGGCACUCAGACCGGGCCCCUUAUUCCUGCCCAGCCUGCCGGAGACGCUUCAAGAGUGGCCAGGACCGUGACCAGCACGCCCGCCUCCACACGGGCGAGAGGCCCUAUGCGUGUGGAGCCUGUGGGAAGGCCUUCACCCGCUCCUCCAUGCUGGGUAGGCACCGGCGCACUGCCCAUCGGGAGAGACUUGGCAGUGAAGAGGGAACGGGGCGUGGGAGAGGGAGAGUAAGGGGGUCAGCAGUGGGGAGGGGGCUCUCCUGGGCCUCAGAAUUCUUUCAAGCCUCCGAACCUGCUGCUCUCGAUGUGUCCCAGGCUUCAGAGACACCCCUGGACCUAGGGUCAAAGUGGGAUGGUGUCCUCGAUGUCACUCAGGCCUUGGAGACACACCGGGACCCGGUAUCAGAGUGGGACAGCACCCUCAGCCACACUCAGGCCUUGGAGACAUCCCAGAACCCCAGAUUGCUACAGGACAGAGCCAUUGGCCUUGUUCAGGCCUCAGAACUGCCCCAGGACGGGGCCUUGGAGAUGCUCCGGGACCCUGAGUUGCAGAGGGAUGGAGGCCAUGGCCUCUCUCAGGCCUUCGAGCUCCCCCACACCACAGACACAGCUGGUAACGUUGCUUGCAGACUCUCCGGGGAGUCUGAACCACCCCAGGACAGAGCUGAUAGUCUCCCUGGGACCUUGGAACUAGGACAGGUUGGAACGGAGAGCCGUCACGUGUCCAAGUGGGAUGGAGAACAUUGCCUGUCGAAGCCCUCUGAGUCUGAACCGGCCCAAGACGAUGGACAACCCAGGGGUGCCAUCGGCCUCCCCUACGACUGCCCUCAGUGUCGGCGGGCCUUCCCCUAUCUGGUGCAGCUCCUUAAACACCAGUGUGCCCUGCCUCAGGGCCAAAGCCCGGCCUUCAUCUGCCCCCACUGCCCACGCGCCUUUGCCCGUGCCCUGGAGCUCGCCACCCACCUGCCCUGCCACGCUGGCCAGAGGGGAGCGCACCGCUGAGGGGCCCAAGGCUAGUUGCCCCCAUUACCAGGCUGUGGUGCUUCUCACUGCCUCCACUGGGGGUCCUGAGGUCAAUUGUCCCUCUCCCAACUUCCCAUUGCCCCUCAGUGGGCCCUUUACAGACUGCUGUGGAGUGGGGGAGUGGGCUGAGCUCCGUUGUCUCUGGGUUAGAGGGCCAGGCUGAGGAAACAGGCCUGACGUCAACCACCUAUCCCUUCCCAGGCAGAAGGGCCUUGUAGGAGGGAGGGAAGUGAAGAGGGCAUUCGACAUGUCAACUGUCCCUCCCUGGCUCCUCGGGAAGAGGAGAAUGGUCCCGAGGUCAACGACAGCCCCGUCCCAGGCAGAGCAAGGGUGUAUGUUUUUGGAGGGAGGAGAGGUCUGGGGAGUGGGGGAGCAGGGUGGAGUGGGGAAGGGAUGAGAUGCCAUGUGUAUAGGAUUUGCUGUUUGUGAGUCAGUCGUUCCUCUCACCUACCUCUCCUUCCAUUGUUCCCCUUGUUCCCUCCAAACUAUCCCUCUCUCCACUCCCCUGCCUUUCUCUCUGUUCCUCCCAGUCCUUUUCCUUUCUUCUAAUUCCCACACCCUCCCCAGCCCCCGACUGACAGAUUGUGUUGCUUUGUAAUCUGACUUUCUGCUCUGUUUAAUAAAGUGACCUCUGUGAGAGAGA